AUGGAUCGAACAAAGACUGCAAGUCCACAAUCAUCGAUUGAUCACGAGUCAACAGAUAAAGUCACCACUUUCGUUGGCCGAUUCUAUGAGUGCAAUUUCUGCAAGGGACGAUUCACAAAUGCUCAAGCCCUAGGAGGGCACAUGAAUAUUCACCGGAAAGAGAAGGCCACCAAAGCCUCAAGAUCAAAGGCCGGGAAAGAUGAUCAAAAGCAUCAUCGUGAUCAUCUUCAUCACGUGAUCGACUAUGAUCAUCAUCAUCAUCAUGAAAACUCGUGUGGUUCAAACCGUUUCUCGUCUAGUAACGUUCAUGAAGUGAAUAUGGGUACGAAUUUGAGCCUAACGAUUGGGAAAUUGUAUCAUGAUCAAGAUGUUGAAGAUCAGAUCGGAUGGAAUCAAAUUAAUGGAAAUCAUGAAUUGGAUUUGGAGCUUCGUCUUGGUUAUAAAUAG